UUACAUGAGCUGGGAACAGCAUCUGCAGCAUUUAUAGAUGUUUAUCAAUCUGCUGACAGUAGGACAGAAAACAUACAAAGUCAGGUUUUAAUGUAGGCAUUCGAUAUCGUGUACAGGUGAAAAUCUCAAUGAUAAAAGUAGAUAAGACGAUACCUACUUUAUCGUUGUAAACCUAUACGGCCGAUAUAAACUUGAUUGUGAAAGUUUAACAAGCUCGGGUACCUAUCUAACUACCACCGAAUCUGAUUGGUCAACCUCGCUCUGGGCUGCAGAUUUAAAAUCCAAUAUUUCAUUUGUGUACUUUAUAGGUACCUAGCGGAGCUUCAGACUCGGUGUUGGUCAUUCCAUUAAAGCUCGGCCGUCUGUACACAGGUACCCACUAAAGUUUGCAGUCCAAGUUUCGGAGCGCUUGAAAGCGUUUUACUUUUGUCAAAUAAUAUUAGGAUUUUCGUGCAGAAGAGAAAUACAUAAUGGCCAAGCCUGAGUUACCCAGGGGUUACCUCGGAGCCCAACCGAAAUUCGGAGAGUUUGGAUUAUGCACCCAUAGCCACAAGGAUCCUGACGUCGUGUUAACCGGAAAUGAGGUCGAAAUCCAGUUUAAGAUGGACCGGCUGGUGAAGGUGACUGGAAAUCUCAUUCAGGUGGCCACCCUCAAAGAACACACAGAAUGCAUCUUUACCCAGACACAGGGAGAUAUAGUAAGCUUCCUCGUCCAAAUACCAGAACCAGGCUACUAUAAACUCCAAAUAUACGCUCUUCCGGUCACUGACGACAGCAAGACACUUCCUGGAGUGUUUAACUAUCUUCUUAACUGUCCCGGUAUUUCGAAACCCGUUCAUCCCUUCCCGAAACAAUACGCUCAGUGGAAGGAGGGCUGCUUUAUCUACGAACCUCUGGUAAUCACUAAAGAUGCAUUAAAUUGCGGAGUGAAUUUCCGAGCAGUCGUUCCUAACGCUAAAGCGGUGGCAGCGGUCGUCAACGAGGAGUGGACACAGCUUGACAACAAGGGAGGCAAUCUAUGGGAAGGAAAGGUCAAAGGUAGUGCGGAAAAGCUUACUCUGAACGCAAACUUCGGAGGAGAAGAAUCAAAAUAUUCCACAUUAUUGGAAUAUUCCAUGUAGAUUUCAAUAACUUUUGAUAGAAAAUAAUUAAUCAAUUUAGAAUCGAGGUAUUUAUAAUAGACUGCUUCCGGAAGUGACACACUCUAGUGAUUUGAAUUGACUUUAGUGAUUUUGCACGAGUAUUUAAUAUGAUCUAGUAUGUUGAGUAUACGUUCGUCAACGUAGCAUUGAGAUAUGACUGGAUAUAGUAUAACUGUUCAGCGCAUGCCCAACGAACAAUCAACAGUGUAGCGCCUUUGUCUAUGUGACGCCAUUUCCAUGUCAUAUAUAGGAAGUCGUGCUCAAGAGAAAAUUCUGUCAACAAAUUACAUGAUAUAACACUGUUAUCUUAAUUUUCUAUUAAAUAUCUACAAAAUAAC